UCUCUUCCGUCGUUUCCUAAGUCCCUCAUUGAGUUGUUUCUCUCUUUUUCAUCCAUACAAACAAAAAUAAGAGAAGAGAUCUUUUGAGAAAACAAUCCUCUGUUUCUCUCUCGGCUCUGUAAUCCAAAACCCACCAUCAAAAACCUUCUCUUUCGUUCUCUCUUCUUGCCCCCCAUUGAUUUUGAGUUAGACCAAACCUUGUUUGCGUGUUUGUUUCUUCUGCAUGUCCUAGUUGAUCAUACAUCUGACGUUUGGUUUUGUCUUUUUAAUAUGUUAAAUUGAGAAUAUUUGACCUUAAUAUAUAUUAGUGGUUAACGAGUCGUUUUCUUAAGGUUUACUUUUUCUUAUUUGUCAAAGUUUAGAUUUUCUCACGCUUCACAACUAUUGAAAGUUUCAUUCCUUGUUGGUUUUUUAGAGCAUUGUUGCAUGAUCUUUGAUAAGUUUGGUGUGAUUCAUAGUUUCUUAUAAAAAAAAUCUAGACUGCUUUCAUUGUUUAACCUAGAAAUCUAUAACUUCUUUGUGGUUUCAAUUCAUUAGUAAUCUGAAAAAAGAAAAAAGAAAAACUUGAUUUCAUGAUGAUGAUGAAAAGAUUGAAGCUUUGAGUCAGAAUCUUGGUUUUUUUGAAAGUUGUGUGAUUUGAUUUGCCUUGUUGAAAAAGAUUUGGUUUCGGAUUCUAAGACAUGGACAAGAAGUCAGAAGAAGAUGGGAGUAACAUCAAGAAAGACAAGAUCUUUCGAGCUGAUAAGAUUGAUUUGAAGAGUUUAGAUAGACAGCUUGAGAAACAUCUGAGUAGGGUUUGGUCGAGGAAUCUUGAGGCCAAUCCUAAAGCUAAGGAAGAAUGGGAGAUUGAUUUGGCUAAGUUGGAAACAAGUAAUGUUAUUGCUCGUGGUACUUAUGGUACUGUCUACAAAGGCACUUAUGAUGGACAAGAUGUUGCAGUGAAGGUGCUUGAUUGGGAAGAUGAAUCAUCGACCAAGACCGCUACAAACCGAGCUUUGUUCCGUCAAGAGGUCUCUGUUUGGCACAAACUCAACCAUCCAAAUGUCACAAAGUUUGUUGGAGCGUCAAUGGGAACAACGAAUCUUAAAAUACCAUCAGCUGAUUCAAAAUACUCGUUCCCUCAACAAGCGUGUUGUGUGGUUGUGGAGUAUCUCUCUGGUGGUACGCUGAAGCAACACUUGAUUCGUCAUAAGAAGAAGAAACUCGCUUUCAAAGCUGUUAUCAAACUCGCUCUUGAUCUCGCCCGAGGGCUAAGCUAUUUGCACUCAGAGAAGAUUGUGCAUCGCGAUGUGAAAACAGAGAAUAUGCUAUUGGAUGCUCACAAGAAUUUGAAAAUAGCUGAUUUUGGAGUAGCGCGAGUGGAAGCUCUUAAUCCAAAAGACAUGACAGGAGAAACCGGUACUCUUGGAUACAUGGCUCCUGAGGUCAUUGAUGGUAAGCCAUACAACAGAAGGUGCGAUGUUUACAGCUUUGGGAUAUGUUUAUGGGAAAUCUACUGCUGCGAUAUGCCUUAUCCCUAUCUUAGCUUUGUCGAUGUCUCUUCCGCGGUUGUCUUACAUAAUCUGAGACCGGAGAUACCGAGAUGCUGUCCGACGGCAUUGGCUAGCAUAAUGAAGACAUGUUGGGAUGCGAAUCCGCAGAACAGACCGGAGAUGAAGGAUGUAGUGAGUAGGCUUGAAGAUAUUGAUACUAGUAAAGGUGGGGGAAUGAUACCUGAAGAUCAGAGUCCGGGAUGUUUCUGCUUUGCUCCUCGUGGACCUUGAAUUUUCACUUUCUACUUAUAUUUUGGUUGUCUUGUCUUGUUUUUUUAUCGACAUUAAAACCGAAUGCCAUUUUUAUCUUAAUUCUUCUCUAAGAAACGUCUUUCAACACUAUUCGUUGUGACUUGUGAAUACUCAAGAUUGUGAAUAGUUUUGUUUUUUUUUU